CCGCUUUACUGUUCCGCUAUUUCGUUGUCCAUGCGACAGCACUUUAAUGCAAGUCGGCUACGCAGUUGUUACGAGAUGAGGGGACAGAGCUAUAUGUGACGCUGUACGUAAAAUGUUAUUUCAAUCAUAGUGCGCAUUGUGUGAGUAGAGCAUCUUGGCAGACUUGACCGGUUUCAUGUUCUGCGGAGAAUGAGGAUUACCCAAGUAUGAAUGAUAAGGAUGUCAUAUCUGAUAAACUAUGUGAAAAUAAAUCUAUUAAUACGCUUAAAUCGUAUGAUACGACUUCCAAGACUAGUAUGAAAAUGUUUAUUCUUCCACCUAAUGUACUGCAAAACAUUUCCGUCAAUGAAAUACCAAGGAAAUGUAACGAAGAAACAUUAAGCAGUAAUUGUCCUCAUAUUAUUACUAAUUAUAAGUGUGAGGGCACAUCUGAUGACUUAAAAACACACGACUGUAAUUGCACUCAUAAAGGAACAUUGCUUUCUACUUGGAACAAUCCGAAAGUCUCUAUUAGAUUUGCGGGAAACGAAUCUGACAAAGUAGAACGUAAAAUAGAUACAGAGUCAGAUGAUGCAGAAAGAGACAAAACAAUUACAAAAUCAUGUGAUGUAAACAAAGUACCUGUAUCUUCAAGGUUAGUUACUAUACACGAUGCAAGAUGUGAAACUAAAUUAAUGCCUAGAAAGCAUCUUAAUAGCAAUAUAAGUGAUAUUAUCAGUACUGAUAUGAAAAAAGAUGUAACAUGUAAAACUGAAAAAACACAUUUACAUUAUACAUCAGAGAUACCACCUGAAAAAAAGCAGUCAUUAUCUUCUCCAACUAAAGAUGAUAAAAUGAAAGCAUUGUUUACGGAGAGAAAGAAUGUCGAUGAAGAAGUUAAUAUGAGAAAAAUUAAGGUUGUGAGAGCAAAGAGCAAAGUAACUACAACACCAGCUAAACCUAUAGAGUCACUGCCUGCAGAUAAAAAUUCGAUAAAGAUUUGCAACGAAACAGAAUUAACAUUGGUCAAAGUUGAAAGUAUUGCCGACCUGUCAAUUCUCGGACAAUCAUCUGCGAAUAGAAUUCAGUCGGCAUUAACGAAUGUUAAUUUAACGGAAACCUGCACGGUGGAAGAUACGGUAUACGACGAGCAGAAACAUGACACGAGGCAAGAAAUUCAAUCUCAAGCAUUCCACGAUAACGCGCAUUCAAGUUUAGGUACUUUUGUGUCAGAGACUACGAAUACGGAUUCACGAAAGAUGGACGAUGUAAUACACGAAGAUGCGUAUCAAAUGAACGAAACGGAUGUGAAGGAUGGCGAACAAAAUCAGUUAUCUAUAUCUGUGAAACCAGUCGCAAGGAAAAGAGGUAGACCCAGAAAGACGGUGAAUAAUAGUGCGAACGAAAAUACAUCAAAAAAGAAGCCGGAAGUCUAUGGGACGUCGAAAGAAAUUCCUGAUACCACUAUCGAAGUCAUGGCUUGCGGUAAAAGACGCGCUAGUAAAAUUGCGAUUAAUCAGGAUGCAAGCGGUUCAAGCGACGGAAGCGAAAUAACGGAUAUAGUUGAGACUGAGAAGCAAAUUGGUCGAGGCAAAGGACGUCGCCGAGGUCAAAACCGAGGUCGUCAUGGUCGGGGUCGAGGUCGCGGUAGAGGAACAGUGCAAGAUUAUUCAGAUAUGGAGUACAUACCUAAAACUGCAGAGAAAAAAUAUGUUUCUCAAUCGAAAGAAACAAAGAACGAAUCGAAUUUACAUGAUGCAGAUGCGGCGGCAGCUGACAUAGAAAUCGGAAACAUGGAUGCUGCGAAUAUCGCGAAAGAUAUGCAAUUGGUAACGUGUGCUAAAUGUGAGCAACAAGUACUGAAAAAACAAUGGCAUUCGCACAACUUAUAUCGACACAAUAACAUGGCCUGGCGACAAGAUGAAGUAAAAUUGGAUUUUGAAAAUGACAUUAAAUUGUUAAGGAGUGUACUAUCGUUUGCUGUGAAGAAAAAGAAAAAUUUGACUUGUGAAAAAUGUGGAUCCGCAAGACGAAGCGCCAGUGGUUUUAUAUCGCAUAUGCAAUUUUGUGGAAAAUCACAGGAAGAGAAACAAGCCCUGAUGAUGACAUGCCCCAUUUGCCACGCUGUUAUGAUGCCUUCCUCAAUGGAAAUACAUGAGCGUUAUCAUAGACAAUUGGAACGAAAUAAAAGUCAGGAAGUGCCGGCUGUACUGACGGAAAAAGUUAAACGGAAAGCGGCGGAGAAAGCAGUACCAAAGAUACAAAAGUAUGCCGAAUCUAUGAGGGAACAAAAUCCAUGCACGACAAGAAGAAUCAAGCUUGAUUCAACGACGCUUAAAAAUGCGAUACAAGAGCCGGAAUUGAAGAAGAAAGUACCACCGGUUUGGAAAGGUCUAUGGAAGAAAGAGUUGGCUUCUCGGGGUUCUGUAUCCUGCAGACAAAUAGGAUGCACUUAUAUGUGUUCCUCCUACAAAAGUAUCUGUGAACAUUAUUCUCAAUGUAAUUUUACUCCGCAAGAGAAUUUUAUGUGCAAAAUUUGCAAGUUCUUGGCAGAUACUAGAGACGAGAUUGAGAAUCACAUAGCGAAAUCUCAUUCGAACGAAGAAUACGUGAAAUGUGACGAUGAUGACUUUAAGAGAGACGACGAGGUAAUUUCAUCAACUUCAUCAGAUGAAAGUAUAUCUGAAUUCAACGACGAAAUCGUACGAAAGAUCCGUUCGUCCGCAAGGGUAACGCAAGUAAGCUCCGACAGUACAAGAACAAGCAAUAAAGCCUCUUUUUUGAAUAAAGAGCAAAAACCAUAUUCAAUCGAAUCUUACAAGGCAGCUUUAUACUGGACUCUGACCUUUGAGUCGAAAAAUUUCGAGCUUGACUUAUUCCAAGAUUACAUGCCGAAUGCUUUCGCGUUAUUGAAAAAUGAAGAUGCGGCAAAGUAUCUCCCAGAGCUAAUGAGUUCAAUGGCCGUCAAAUUUGUAAACGCCAAUUCAUGGAAAAAUACGGACGAUUCUGUCAGUGGUAACUGGAAGCGUAUGAGCAGAUUCGAGGGCAACAUUUACGAAGAUGUGCCGACAUUUUUCACCGGUGGUCCCAUAUGGGCGUCAGCCUGGCUACCUAUUCCAUUGCCGAUGUAUACCAAAAAUCCUACGCAAUAUGUCGCGAUCAGCACGCAUCCCACUAUGGAAAGCGAGUACGCAGUAGGAAAGAGUUAUACGGAAUCGAACGUCAUACAAAUAUGGGAUGUCGGACAAUUGGAUCACAAAAAUAACAGUACAAGUCGACCGCCUACUUUAGCGUACGCUAUUGCGCACAAUAGCGGUACAGUUUGGUGCUUGGAAUGGUGUCCGUCCGGAUGCUACCAGGAUGUCGGUCUUUGUAAUUAUAAAACGGAAGAAAGAAAGGGGGAGCUCAGACGAAUGGGAUUGCUCGCGGCAGCAUGUUCCGACGGAUGUGUAAAUAUUUACUCGUUACCGUUUGCGGACGAAUUGAAAUUCGAAAGAACAGAACAUCAUUCGUGGCCGAUUUACAAGACCGAUCCGAUAGCAACGCUGAUAAUAAAUCUUUCCAAAUAUGAUAACAACAAGCAGAAUUGGCAGUGUAGUAAGCUAUCGUGGACAAAGGAACGCGGACACGAUAUCAUUGCGGCAGGCUACACGAACGGUUACAUAGCAUUGUGGGAUCUCACCACUACUUCGCCUCUGUUGCUCAACGUGCGAAAAGAUACGAGGUUUAUAGACGCGUUCCAACAUUUUUCCGCUCAUCACAACGCAGUCAGCAUGGUAGCAUUGGUUCCGUACCACGAGAAGCGAUAUCUAGCUUCCGCUAGUGUGGAUAGAUCGUAUAAAUUUUGGGACUUGGAAGAGACGAGCAUGCCGCAAAACCAUUUACAGAGGGGUAUAAUAGUGGACGGUGCGUGGAUGACACAUUGGCCUUGCUCGGUUAUUAGUUCGGACGAUGCACUCGGAUUCAACUAUACGCAUUCCUAUGUAAUACCUCUGAGAGAACAUGGAUAUAAAUAUUGUCCUAUUUUGGCGACCAAUGCACCAACUUACGCCAUCACCGUUUCCGAUUAUGCUAACUGUAUUGCGCAUGGUACAUUAGCUGGAGAAAUAUUAACCAUCUUUCCUCAUCAAUUAUUAUAUACGGAAAAACUUUUACCCAGGAAAAGGCAGUUAAAUUCUUUCGUCAAGACGAUAGAUUUUUUAAAAGAACAGCAAAACGUGUCUGGCAAAAACAAUGAGAAAAAAAACGAUAAAAAGACUUGCAAGGAUUAUCAUUAUAUGCCGGCAAACUAUCGUGAAUGCGAAAACCGUUUCGGUAUUAUUUUUCACGAUAAUUUAAUGGAUUUGAGACAGAACGUCAGAAUGGGUAAAUCGCACGACACUUUGUACAAUCAUCAGUUGACAUCCGUUCCUGUUGAACAACAUCCAUUCACAUCUGUAAACAGGAUGUCUUGGAAUCCAAACGCAUGGAGCUAUUUGUGGCUUAUGGUGAGCUAUCAGAACGGUUUAACAAGGCUAUUGAAUUUCAAAUCCAUGUCCAUACGUGAAGUGGAGACUUUGCUGUCAACGCACGCAAAAUCUUGGCUUGCUAAAGCAGCGAAUCCAUCGACUCAAGAAGUGUAAAAUUUUAUUCGUAUAGAAACCGCUUUACGCAAAUGAAAUUUUGUAUAACCUGUUUCUAUUUGUUUUCAUUAAGAUGAUACACUUAGAUACUUAAAUUAAAUUGGUUUGCACCUCAGUUCACUCCUCCCUUAUAGUAAUAAAUAAAUAUUCGUAUCACAGAA